CCAUUCGUAGAUAGACGAACAACAGAACGUUGGAUUAGGGAAACUUCUGAGGUGCAGUAAAAAUAUAAGUAAAAUGAAAAUUUGUGUCCUGGUUUCAUCCUACGAGGGGACGGGGGAAGAGUUUCGUGAAGUUCCGCCCGAUUAUCAGGACCCCUCGAUCUGGGCGUCUAAUCAUGACUUCGUCUUGAAACACGUCACGAAGGAAGACGCCAUCGAGAAGAUUUCCGAAGCCCUCGGGGAGGGGUACGAUUUCAUUUGGAAUUUCAUGUGGGGCCUGGAAUCCUAUUCUGUCGCAGGGGUGGAGGCUACUCGAUAUUUGGAAUCUGCGGGGCAUCCUACGCUGGGAACUUCGUCCAAAUAUUUGAGCUUAACUAAGCUGGAUUGUAAGCUCGCGGCUGGUCAACUCGGAAUCCCCACUCCGAAAUGGACCGCGGCCUCAAAUUUUGACCUGACCGGGAUGACCUAUCCCGUCAUCGUGAAGCCAAGCGAUGGUUACUGCAGCCUUCACCUGAGCAAGGAUUCCAUUUGCAAGAAUGAAGAACAAGUUCUGGAACAAAUCGAGUAUUUGAAGGGACAAAAGCAUAAUCCCGUUGGAGACGUUUUGAUCGAGGAAUUUAUUCCGGGGGAUGAUGUGUUCUGCAUGGUUCUGGAAACUAGGAGGGGGGUUGUCGCACUUUCCCCCAUUGUUUACGAGUACUCCGAAGAGAGAGGGGGGGAGUUUGAAAAUUCUUUUCUGGAUUGGAGUUCCAAAUGUGGACCGCUUUUGGGGUUGGAGGAAGAAGGGGGCAUAGUGAAAUAUAGGAUUAUGGAGGAGGGGAAAGAUGAAAUGAUAGACAAGAUUCGGGACGCCAGUGUGAAUGCGUUCGUAUCGUUGGGUGUGGCAGGAAGUGGGUAUGCCAGGGUGGAUCUGAGGGUGCAUGGGGAUCAAGUAUUUGUGUUGGAGGUAAACCACACCCCCGCCUUUUUCUGCUUUAAGGGAAACUUAUACGGGGAUGACUCCGUGAUUGAAAAGACCUUCCCAGGCGGUCACAACGGCCUCGUGGAUGCCAUAAUCUCCGCAAAAAAAGUGAUCCAAGUAAGAAAUGUGAUGAAGUUUGAACGGGUAUCAUGCACAGGUUUAUAA